UGCGUGUAACAGAGGUAUACUUACCAGUCGGGAAGCCGUGUAAGGGGCUCAAGUAACUAUACCGUUUAUUGAUGGACAGGAAAUUGGGGCCGGGCAAGAUGGCGACAAAAAAAGCUCCUGAACCGAAGUCAUCGACUAGCACUGCUGAUGCUACCGAGUCUACUCCGCUCGUCUCCAAAAAUGGACCGGAGGAUCCGACGGGCCGCGAAGAGGGCGGAGGCCUAUCUAUGAAGCAGACUGUCCUUCUGAUAGCCGGUGAGAUGGCGGGCAGUGGAGUGCUGGCUCUACCGAGAACGCUCGCUAGAACUGGAUGGUUCGGUGUCCCGGUGAUCAUCGUGAUGUGCGUGAUCGCGGCGUUCAGCGGCAAGAGGCUCGGCGACUGCUGGACCAUGAUCGAGGCUCGCGACCCCAAGAUGAGGAGCAGGCAGCGAAACCCAUAUGCUAUUAUCGCCGAACAGUCAUUAGGAAAAACUUGGAGUGUGGUGGUGUCAUGCGCCAUGAUGGUGACGCUGUUCGGCGCGUCGGUGGUGUACCUGCUGCUGGCGGCGCAGAUCAUCGAGCACGUGUUCCUGGCGCUGCUGCCCACCAUCACCAUCUGCGUGUGGUACCUCAUCGUGGCCGGCGCCAUGACGCCGCUGCUCCUCUUCGCCACGCCCAAGGACUUUUAUUUUACGGGUGUGAUUGCCUUCGGGUCGACGGUGGUGGCGUGCGUGCUGUACUUCAUCCAGAUGAUGAACGAUGUGAGGCCGUUCGUCUUCCGCUACGGCCUGCACGGAUUCCAAGAGUUCUUUCUGGCUCUCGGAACUAUCAUGUUCGCUUUUGGCGGAGCGUCUACUUUCCCUACCAUACAAAAUGAUAUGGCCGAUAGAUCGAAGUUCAGUAAGACUAUCCAGUACAGUUUCGGAGCAAUCUUGCUGCUGUACCUGCCCAUCGCCAUCGCCGGGUACGCGGUGUACGGCGAGGCCGUGUCGCCCAACAUAGUGACGUCACUGUCCUCGACGCCGCUCACCCUCGUCGCCAACGUGCUCAUGGCCGUCCACCUCGUGUUCGCGUUCAUCAUCAUCAUCAACCCUGUCUGCCAGGAGGUCGAGGAGCUGUACGAGGUGCCUAGAGAUUCCGUCGGCUGGCGCAUGAUAGUGCGUCUGUCGAUCAUGGGCGCGAUCCUGUUCAUCGGCGAGAGCGUGCCGCGGUUCUACACGAUCCUGGCGCUGGUGGGCGGCACCAGCGUGGCGCUGCUCACCUUCAUCCUGCCCGCCUACUGCUACCUCAAGCUCGUGGAGCACGCGCCGGCGGACCACGCCGUCAGCCAGCCGGGCUGGAUGAAGAUGGCGUGCUGGCAGGUGAUCGCCGUGGGCGCGGCGGGCGGCGUGAUCGCCACCUACAGCGCCGUCAGCGCCAUCUUCAGCACGGCGCAGGCCACGCCGUGCUAUCUACGAUAAACACAUACCUUUGCACCCUUUGAACCUCAACAAAUGCCUAAAACUCAUUUAGACCACGUGGCAACUUGCGGCAUGUG